UCCCACUUCUUUCUCAGGUUUAAUAAUCCAUUGAAUCUCGAAUUUUGUCACAUUUUCUCGUUUAUCAUCAUCAUUUGAUCUCUUUCUGUGUGCUGUUCAGGCAAUCUCACUUGUUUCUAGUCAUCUCAAUUUCUCAGGAGGGGGAAAACCAAAAACAGAUGAACUUUACAGUCUAGAAGCAGUUGGUUGAUUUUAAGUAGGGGAAUAUGGGAUUUAAGCCCUUAGUUUCAUAUUGCCGUCCGGUCGAAAAUGGUGUUUGGGCAACGGCAGUGGAAAAUGAAUUCGGGCCUUACACUCCCUGUGCAACAGAUUCUAUAGUUACUGGCAUUUCGCAUUUGGUUCUUCUAGGGGCUUGUAUAUACAGGAUAUGGGUCAGCAAGAAGGAUAUUAAAGUGGAAAGGUUUAAACUGAGGUCAAAUAUCUACAACUACUGGCUGGGGUUAUUGGCUUUAUGCUCUGCUGUUGAGCCUUUGUUUAGAUUGAUAAUGGGCAUUUCGGCUUUUAAUGUCGAUGGAGAGACUGGUCUUGCUCCAUAUGAGAUUGUGACCUUAGUUAUUAAGGCCCUUGCAUGGUGUUGUAUGUUGGUCAUGAUUGGUCUAGAAACAACGGUUUAUGUUUAUGAAGUCCGUUGGUUUGUGAGGUUUAGUGCCGCUUAUGCUUUGCUUGGGAAUGCAGUGUUGCUCAAUCUUGUGCUUUCUGUGAGCAAAUAUUACACUAGAUAUGUAUUGUAUCUCUUUGCCGGUGAGGUUGCUAUACAGGUUCUGUUUGGGCUAUGCUUGCUUGUCUAUCUUCCUACUUUGGAUCCUCACCCGGGUUAUACCCCAAUACGUGCUGAAUCUUUGGAUGAUGCUGACUAUGAAGAACUUGCUGGUGGAGAAGAAAUUUGUCCCGAGAGGCAUACCAGCAUUAUUUCUAGUAUCUUCUUCUCUUGGAUGAAUCCACUCAUGGUCUUGGGAUACAAAAGACCCCUUACAGAGAAGGAUAUAUGGAAAUUGGACACAUGGGAUCAGACAGAAACACUAAACAACAAAUUCCAAAAAUAUUGGGCAGAAGAGGUCCGUAAACCAAAACCGUGGCUUUUAAGGGCUUUACAUCAUAGCCUUGGAGGAAGGUUUUGGUGGGGAGGCUUUUGGAAGAUUGGCAAUGAUCUUUCUCAGUUUGUUGGACCACUGAUUUUGAACGAGCUAUUACUGUCUAUGCAAGAACAUGGUCCAGCUCAGAUUGGUUACAUCUAUGCAUUCUCAAUUUUCGUUGGAGUGCUGCUUGGUGUGCUGUGUGAGGCUCAGUAUUUUCAGAACGUCAUGCGUGUAGGAUUCCGCCUUCGUUCAACUCUGAUUGCUGCAGUCUUCAGGAAAACUUUAAAGCUAACCAACGAGAGUCGCAAAAAUAUUGCGUCCGGGAAGAUAACUAACUUGAUGACAACCGAUUCUGAAUCACUCCAGCAAGUAACCCAGUCGCUUCACAUUUUGUGGUCUGCCCCAUUCCGUAUCAUUCUGGCUUUGGUUCUUCUCUACCAACAAUUAGGCGUUGCUUCAAUCAUUGGUGCAUUCUUGCUAGUUCUCACGUUCCCCAUACAGACUUUGGUUGUCAGUAAAAUGCAAAAAAUGACCAAGGAAGGACUGCAGAGAACUGACAAGAGAAUCGGGCUCAUGAAUGAAAUCUUAGCAGCCAUGGACACUGUCAAAUGCUAUGCUUGGGAGAGUAGUUUCCAAGAAAAGGUCCAAAGUGUUCGAACAGAAGAGUUAUCAUGGUUUCGAAAAGUACAAAUGCUAGGAGCGUUUUUUACAUUUAUUUUAAAUAGUAUUCCAGUGGUGGUGAUUGUGGUUUCAUUUGGGAUGUUUACCUUACUUGGAGGAGAACUGACACCUGCUAGAGCCUUUACAUCACUCUCUUUGUUCGCUGUGCUACGUUUUCCACUCAUCAUGCUUCCAAAUACGAUUACUCAGGCUGUAAAUGCCAAUGUGGCUUUGAAACGUAUGGAAGAUCUACUUUUGGCCGAGGAGAGACUUCUUCUUCCAAAUCCACCUCUUGAACCACGACUUCCAGCUAUCUCAAUUAGGAAUGGAUCAUUUUCAUGGGAUUCAAAGUCAGAUAAACCUACACUGUCAAAUAUUAAUUUGGAUAUACCAACGGGUAGUCUGGUGGCAAUUGUUGGAAGUACGGGAGAGGGAAAGACAUCACUUGUAUCUGCUAUGCUUGGAGAACUUCCUCCUGUUAGCGAUGCACAUGUUGUUUUGAGAGGAACAGUUGCUUAUGUCCCACAAGUCUCAUGGAUUUUCAAUGCAACUGUACGUGACAACAUAUUGUUUGGAUCCCCCUUUGAGCCUGCAAAGUAUGAGAAGACACUAGACGUAACUGCAUUGCAGCAUGACUUGGAAUUGCUUCCGGGCGGUGAUCUUACUGAGAUUGGUGAAAGAGGGGUGAAUAUUAGUGGAGGGCAAAAGCAAAGAGUUUCCAUGGCUAGAGCUGUAUACUCUAAUUCAGAUGUGUAUGUGUUUGAUGACCCUUUGAGUGCUCUUGAUGCUCAUGUGGGCAGGCAGGUUUUUGAGAAAUGUAUUAUAGAAGAACUAAGAGGAAAAACACGAGUUCUGGUUACAAACCAGCUACAUUUUCUUUCACAAGUGGAUAGGAUCCUAUUGGUCCAUCAAGGCAUGGUGGCAGAGGAGGGGUCCUAUGAGGAACUCUCUCAGAAUGGUGUACUUUUCCAAAGGUUAAUGGAAAAUGCGGGGAAAAUGGAAGAAUAUGUUGAGGAACAAGAAGAUGCGGGAGAUUCUGAUUCAAAAACAUCAAAACCUGUUACUAAUGAUGCGUUAGCUCAAGAUUCUGGUAAAAAGAAAGAAGCUAAAUCUGUUCUUAUCAAGCAAGAAGAACGGGAAACAGGUGUUGUCAGCUUCAAUGUUUUGAAGAGGUAUAAAGAUGCAUUAGGAGGGUGGUGGGUUGUGGUUAUACUGCUUGGAUGCUAUGCUGCAACAGAAACUUUAAGAAUAAUGGGUAGCACAUGGUUAAGUAUAUGGACAGAUGAAAGCACACCAAAGAUAUACAGCCCCUUAUUUUAUAAUAUUAUCUAUGCGCUUUUAUCACUUGGUCAAGUUUUGGUGACGUUGGUAAAUUCUUAUUGGUUGAUUAUGACUAGCAUUUAUGCGGCUAGAAAGUUGCACAAUGCUAUGCUUAAUUCCAUAUUGAGGGCUCCGAUGGUCUUUUUCCACACCAAUCCACUUGGACGUAUCAUUAACAGAUUUUCAAAAGAUCUUGGUGACAUAGAUCGAAAUGUUGCCCCAUUCGUCAACUUGUGUUUGAGCCAAGUGGCACAACUCUUGUCAACCUUUGUUCUUAUUGGACUAGUGAGCACCAUGUCUCUUUGGGCUAUCUUGCCACUUCUGCUGCUUUUCUAUGCAGCUUAUCUCUAUUAUCAGAGCACUGCCCGUGAGGUAAAGCGAUUGGACGCCAUCAGUAGAUCUCCAGUGUAUGCACAAUUUGGGGAAGCGCUAAACGGUCUUUCAACAAUUCGUGCAUAUAAAGCCUACGAUCGAAUGUCCAAGAUUAAUGGGAAUUCCAUGGAUAAUAACAUCAGGUUCACAUUAGUCAACAUGGGUGCAAACCGUUGGCUUGCAAUCCGAUUGGAAGCAGUUGGAGGUCUCAUGAUUUGGUUAACCGCCACUUUUGCUGUUAUGCAAAAUGGGAAAGCAAGAAAUCAAGAAGCUUUUGCAUCCACCAUGGGUCUACUUCUAAGUUAUGCAUUAAAUAUUACAACCUUAUUGACAGCAGUCCUUAGACUUGCAAGUUUAGCUGAAAAUAGCUUAAAUGCUGUUGAACGUGUUGGUACUUAUAUUGAAUUGCCAUCUGAGGCUCCAGGCGUUAUUGAGGAUAACCGCCCACCACCUGGCUGGCCUUCUUCAGGAUCAAUAAAGUUUGAGAAUGUCACUUUAAGGUAUAGGCCUGAACUUCCAUCCGUGCUACAUGGUUUAUCCUUUUCUAUUCCUCCAAGUGAUAAGGUUGGAAUAGUGGGAAGAACAGGGGCAGGGAAAUCCAGCAUGCUUAAUGCUUUAUUUCGGAUUGUGGAAUUGGAGACGGGAAGAAUUGUUAUUGAUAAUUGUGAUAUUGCAAAGUUUGGGCUGACUGAUCUUCGCAAGGUUCUUGGUAUUAUACCUCAAGCACCCGUUCUUUUCUCAGGGACCGUGAGGUUUAACCUUGAUCCUUUCAACGAGCACAAUGAUCCUGAUCUUUGGGAAUCUUUAGAGAGGGCCCAUCUGAAGGAUGUCAUUAGGAGGAAUCCUUUGGGUUUAGAUGCUGAGGUGUCAGAGGCCGGAGAGAACUUCAGUGUUGGACAACGACAGUUAUUAAGUCUUUCGCGUGCAUUGCUUAGGAGAUCAAAGAUUCUUGUUCUUGAUGAAGCAACUGCUGCUGUUGACGUUAGGACAGAUGCACUUAUCCAAAAGACCAUCCGUGAAGAAUUCAAAUCAUGUACUAUGAUCAUUAUUGCUCACCGUCUGAAUACGAUUAUUGAUUGUGACCGUAUUCUUCUCCUUGAUGCCGGUCAGGUUGUCGAGUACGAUGCCCCAGGCAAACUUUUACAAGAUGAACACACCGCUUUCUCCAAAAUGGUUCAAAGUACGGGUGCUGCAAAUGCUCAAUAUUUGCGUGACUUAGCAUUCGGUGCAGAAGGAGACAAGGCAGAGAAGGCCGCAAUAGACAGUCAGAAGAGGUGGCUCGCUUCCACACGGUGGGCGGCUGCAGUCCAAUUUGCACUUACCUCAUCUCAAAACGACCUCAUGCUGAUGGAAAUUGAAGAUAAUGACAAUAUCCUCAAGAAAACAAAGGAUGCAGUUGUAACUCUUCAAGGUGUUUUGAAAGGGGAACAUGAUAAAGACAUUGACGAGUCACUUGAACAGGCCCUAGUCCCAAGGGAGCGAUGGUGGUCAGCUCUCUAUAAAGUAGUCGAAGGUCUUUCAGUGAUGGGCAAGCUGGGUCGUAACAAGCUCCAGCUAUCGGAAUAUGGUGUCGAUUGGGAUCAUGUUCAGAUGUAGGAUACUUGCUGCUCAACUUAAGAUUUCAUACUUUGAAACUAGAGUGAAAUAGAUCUGGACAUAUCCCAUUAUUAAACAUGUCUUUGUUAAUCAGUAGUAAAAGUACAUAGAUUGAAAUAAUUAAGGUCAACAAGUGGAUUUUCGAUCUCAUUAACGUUGUUGUCUGUAACUGAAUUGUAUAUGCAAGUAUGGACUUAAAUUCUUGUAAUUUUAAGUUUUUAACCGUUGUUAGAUAA